AAUUUCUGGUGGCUAGAAGGGUUCUAUCUUCUUCUGCCACCCUCAAAUCUUUCUAUUCUUCCUAUUUUAGUGCUCCGGCGUAGAUACUUCAUACGCCGGAUUCUGUUUUCCUUUCUGUACAUGUACUUUUACAUCUUGUGUUUUCUCCUUUACUGGCGCUAGCUCUGUAUUUCUCUUUCUCCCCCUCCCGACCAUUCCCAGGUGUUCGGGCGGCUUUGUAUCUCUUGAGGUAAAUUCGCCUACCUGUCUUGGCGGCGCCAUUGCGGUGACGUCGGCGUUCUUCUUCGCCGGCCGUCUCCGCCCCCUCUUCUCGCUCCCUGCACGCUUCUCGUACCCGCUGUGUCAGCGAGUCACGUGAGCACGCAGGGUAUCGCGAGAUCGCGCAACACGGCCGUUCCUCAGUGCUUAUAUCACUGAUUUCGGACGGAUCUGCGCAAGACUGCCCGAGUGUCUCAGCAGCCGCUGUCUGCGCCUCUCCAGGCGCUGACAGAGCUGUGUCCCUGCUGGUUAGCCGAAUUACAGCUAUCUAUUGUAUAGCUGUGUCGGCUGUUCCUCAGGUUCUGGGGCAGUUUCUCUAUUAACCAAUUGUGUACUUGGGCUGCAGCCUGUCUGCACCACAAGGCUGCAGUUACUGUGUAUUACUUACAGUGAACAGUUAUUUACGGUCUCCCCCCCUUUUUCCCUCUCUUCACAGACCCGUACUGUACUGUAGUUUUCCUCCUUCAGUGGCAAUAUGACUGACAAAAAGUUGGAGGUGACCUUGGGGGAUGGCCCCAGUCCUGCACAUAUGCCUGACUCUAUGUCCGCUGCUGAGAUUCAGCAACUAGUGCACCAGUCCAUUCAUUCUGCUCUUACAUCCGCCAUGGCGGUUAUGAAUGAAAAUAUUUCUAAGUCUGUUUCUCUGGCGGUGUCUCAAUCCCGCCAUGAGGCUCUCAUGGCCUGCACGGAUCUGCCGUCCAUGGCACCCGUGCCUAUUUCGGUUCCUGAGCAUCAGAAAUCCGGAAAAUCUGACAGAAAACGCCACUAUUGUUCAGAGCAAAUGACCUCUCCCACAACACAACUGACGGUGGGAGAUAGCCAAAAAAUCUCAGGCGGCCCUUCACAUGUGGGCACCAACCCGAAAUCGGGUUUAAGACCCUCCACCCGGGAGGAAGAACAUGAUCUCCAGGCUAUCCGCUCUGCUAAGCGGACGAAACCCGAUACCUAUGUGGACGAAUCGGAGGUGGAGUCUGAGGCGGAUUAUGAAUUAUCGAUACCCUCUUCUGGCGCCAGCGAAGAAGGGGAGGUAGGCGAUGAGGCGAACUGCGACCCUUCGGGGUCCUCUGCUACUACAGAUAAUCCGCACGCCAUAUUGGACUCCCUGGGGGUACCAUUUUUCGACCCUGAUGACAUCAAACACCCCAGGUCUGGAGAAUGGUCCCCGCUACCGCAGGUGGCUAAAUAUGUGGAGGCGUGGCUGCGGAAGCUUUUAGAUCGGGGCAACCGUAGUAAACUGAGAUCGGAAUGUCCUCGGCCAUCGGUGGCCAACAGGGUUGCAGCUACUCCUGAAUUGGACCCUUAUUAAGUACUUACUUAAAUCGGGUAAGAACCCGAAGAAGGGUCUGGACAGAUCCUUCAUGUCCGUGCAGGACAAGUUGCUGGAUGUCUUGGGACCCCUUACCAAGAUUCUAAACUUGGCUGAACAGGCUGUGGCGACAGGCGGAUCGGUGGACGCUGGAGUCCUCAGGAACUGGGCCUUGAGGGCCACGUGCCUGCUGGGCAACGCAAAUUCAGCGAUGUCGGCUGAGAGACGUAGAUCUAUACUGAUGCGUCUUGAUCCUCAGCUGACUCAUCUUGCUACCGAGGAACCGGGCCCGUCCGCUGAGGGCCUUCUGUUUGGGGAUUCCCUAAUCAAGAACAUUAAUAAGUUCGUAGGGUUAUUUUCCAGCCUGGAUAAGGCUCAGUCCUCGCUAAAGAAAUCGACUAAGGUUUUCGGCAGGGCCGGAAGGGGUAAGGGUCGACCUUCCGGCAGGGGUGCCUAUUCUCGACCCUAUGCUAGACCCUCCGUCCAGUAUGUGCAGGACAGACCUCAACCUCAGACAGCUCCUGCACCCGUGGCCACCAACCCCUUUUAUCCGACCCGAGGAAGGCCCUGGAGGGCACAUGGCAGUUCCAGAGGUUUCUCCAGAGGCAAGUACACAGGAUAUUGAACAUUGCACCCGACCAAGUUCCAGUGGAUGGGUUAUCUGUUGAUCCGGUUUUUCGGACCUCUCUGUUCGUGGGAGGUUGGUGGAUGGUUCGUGUUCCAGCGGUUUUCCCGAGUGGAGACAAGUCCCUGAAUUCGUUGCUGGUUGGAUCCGCCGUGGGAUUCGUGUUUGCUGUUCGGUCGGUUUUGGCCUUCUCCUAGACUGCAAAUUGGUUCCGAUGGGAUAGCUGCAUAAAGAAAGAGGAGGAGGUGGAGCUGGAUUCGGUUAAUAUGGAGCAAGUCGGAAUAGGAUUGGUGGAAUGUAGAAAGGGGUGUAGAUGGUUGCUAGGUGACCAGCACUACCCCUUUUUUCUUUUGGUAUUACAUUACAUUGCAUUUCUUUCUGCUAUUGGGCUGAAUAAA